ACACCACAAAACUUCAUUUCUUUCUCUCUUUUCCCUCUUAGUCAAAAGGGUUCAUCAUUCAUCUCUCGAGGUUAUUUAGAAAAGCAAAAUGGUGAAGAUUUGCUGCAUUGGUGCUGGAUAUGUUGGUGGUCCAACUAUGGCAGUCAUUGCACUUAAAUGUCCAUCCAUUGAAGUGGCUGUUGUCGACAUAUCUGUAUCCCGCAUCACAGCUCGGAACAGCGACCAGCUUCCAAUCUAUGAACCCGGUCUUGACGAUGUUGUAAAGCAAUGUCGUGGCAGGAAUCUCUUCUUCAGAACUGAUGUUGAAAAGCAUGUCUUUGAGGCUGACAUAGUGUUUGUCUCUGUUAACACCCCGACUAAAACUCAGGGUCUCGGUGCCGACAAAGCAGCAGAUUUGACAUAUUGGGAGAGCGCGGCUCGCAUGAUUGCUGAUGUCUCAAAGUCUGACAAAAUUGUUGUGGAGAAAUCAACUGUUCCUAAGAUUUUUACCAGUGAAGGAGACAGUGUGGACAAGGUAUGCAUCUUUCCUAAGUUGGAAGAAAUCCACCUAACCAAACUCAAUAAGUUGACAGACAUAUGGCAAGUGGAAGUUGGUGCCGAUUCCUUUUCUAGUCUCAUUUUUGUGCAAAUUGAAGGGUGUAAACAACUUAACAAGGUUUUUCCAAGUCACAUGACAGGAUGGUUUGGGAGUUUAGACAGCUUGAAGGUUAUUGAUUGCAUGUCGGUGGAAGUGAUUUUUGAAAUCAAAGAUUUUCAACCAGAUGUAUCUAUGAAAGUCACAAACCUGCAGCUUAUUUUGGUAGACCAACUCCCAAAUCUAAAGCAAGUAUGGGAUAGAGAUCCAGAAGGAAUUCUUUGCUUCAAAAAUCUGCGGGUUAUAGAGGCUACACGCUGUAAUCAAACCAAUGCUCCAUUUUUUCACUGCGGUAAAAAAAAGCGCAAUUAA